UCCGUGACAUCAAGGCCAUGAGCGGGGGAGUUCCACAGGGGCUCAGUCCCGCGCCGAUAGUGUUCCAAGCAUGACCACGACCGAGAUGGAGGUUCAGGAGUCUGGGGGAACGUUCAGGUCAACUUGCGCCCAGGUGCUAGGCGCCACUGCAUUUGGCUUCGUCAUCAUGGGGGUCGGCCUCAUCUUCGGCAUGCCCACCAUAGUUAUAGGGGAGUUGGCCAAACCUAACGCCACCAUGAUCCAUGGCGUGGAGCUUGACGAGUACUCAGCUUCCUGGUUCGGCAGUAUAAUCUUCAUCAGUCAGCCGGUGGGCUCCUUAGUGUCCGGGUUCCUGCAGGACAUGUUUGGCCGCAAGAGAUGCAUGUUGGUAGUCAACAUCCCCCAGCUGAUUGGGUGGCUGAUGCUGUACAGCGCUACUAGUGUACCCUGGCUGUACGCUGCUGUCACUGUCAUGGGUCUCAGCGUAGGCUUCAUGGAAGCCCCCGUGCUGUCCUACAUCGGAGAGAUAACUGAACCGCGCCUCAGGGGUGUGCUUUGCUCUAUUGCUGGAAUGUACCUUAACAUAGGCAUCAUGCUGGAGUGCUACAUCGGUGCUCUUACUCACUGGCGCACAAUGGCGCUCAUCAGCGCUCUAGGUCCUGCGCUCUGCUUCCUCAUACUCUCCCAGGUCCCAGAGUCGCCAGCCUGGCUGGUGUACAAGGGACGUAUCGCUGAGGCGGAGCGUGCACUUUGUUGGUUGCGGGGAUGGGUCGACCCAUCACACGUCAGCAAGGAACUGUCAUCCCUCGUGGCACAUUUGGACAGGAGAAAGGUUACAAUAGUCAAGGCUAGCCAACCCAACUACCACCAAGUGCCUUCCCAGGAUGUUGGAGAUAAGAAACAGAAGAACAAGUCAGAGGCCAUGCAGAAUCUACAUCACUUCCUACAACCUGCCACUCAGAGACCUCUCAAGCUGAUCCUCAUCUACUUCUUCUGCUCACACUGUGCCUCUCUAAUCGGAAUACGGCCUUUCCUCGUCCAGAUCUUCGACAAACUACAGAUGCCCAUUGACUCUAAAUGGGUUGUGGUAGUGGUGGGCACUCUGCAAGUCCUCGGAGCUCUAGGUUGUAUGUUGGUGAUGAAGCUGUUAGGCAAGAGAGGUCUAUCUUUCCUCUCCAUGUCUAUCUGCGUGGUCUGCGCAGUUUCAAUUUCUGCAUACGUUGUGCUGCAGUACUUUGAACCGUGGGUGCCUAUGGUUUUGUUCUGCUUACUGUUCUUUGCAGCACAGCUCGGCAUCGGGUCCAUCCCUUGGAUGCUUAUUAGUGAAGUGUUUCCUAUUGAGGGUCGCGGUAUCGCUGGUGGAGUGUCGGCUGCGUGCGGCUACAGCUUCAUAUUUGUAGUGACCAAGUCCUACAUCUACCUGGAGCACUGGUUCAACAUCUGGGGAGCUUUAUUAGUCUACGCUGUCAUUGGACUGUGGGGCAUCGCCUACCUGUACUACUGUCUACCUGAAACCGAGGGCAAGACACUGGCAGAGAUCGAACCUUACUUCAUGACCAAGAAGGAGAGGAUGGAGAAAACACCCUCACUCAAAAAUGUUUCCGUUCCUGCUUAACAGUUUAAUUGGGACCUUGAGAAAAAAGAGUCGGGGAGGUUGCGUCUAACGUUAUUUUUAGUUUUGGUACCUACAAUAGUGAAUUUAAAUUUAAAAAAUACGAUAAUUGAAUCUUUACCUCAUGCAAGAAACAGAAAAGAGAUCAUUUUCAACUUUGUCUAUUUUUCAGACCUACCACAAAUCACAACUAUUUUAAAACUCUUGCAGUAACUUUUGUCUUAAACUCUCUUGACUUGAAUUUACAGACCCAGAAUCUGUUUUAAGAAUUCAUGUUUUUAUGGAAACCUUUUGAUAUAAUAUGAGCUAAUAGAUUGUCAUUAUGAAUUUACAUCCUGAUUAGCUAAUACAAAAACUAACCACACUCGGUUGUAAAUGUAUCAUCUUUGUAGACAAGCUGAAGACAGAAAGUAUUUUAAUGUCCCUUUACCUUGAUGAUUGAGUAAGUCAAUAUCUUAAAUGUCUUGAUGACUUGAAGAUCCCUACAACCAAUCUAUGUGUAAGCUACUGCCACUCUUUCACCAUUUUGAUCAAAGAUUAAGGAACAAUCUCAUAACUAAACCUAAACCCAAAGCAAUGCCGGUAGUAAAAGUUGUCUAAAUCAAUCCAUGCAAGCGUUCUAGACAUUAAACAUCACCAAAACAUGCUUCAAAUUUUACCACAGGCAGGGCGAGACGGCUACUUUGUAUGCAAUGUCAGUGUUGAUUCUUAUCAAAUGAAAAACGUAGACUGAAGUACGAGUCUGGAGCAAGACAUAGCGAUAAACAUUUUAUGUAAAACUGAUUAAUUAAUUAGAAUAUUUAAAUAAUUGUGGAAUUCUAGCUACUUAUGAGUGGCUUUAAGCACAGCCACCUCUAAUACAAGGCCGCGGCGAGUGAAAAGCGGCAACGUCGCAUCAGUGUCUUGGCGUUCGGUCGUGUUACCAUUACAGUGAAUGGAGGAGUCGCGUACUCUACGUAUAUAAUCGCGUUUCUACUACCUUUAAUCAUUAGUAAUGACAUUAAACUUCUUACUACAGCAUGCCAGAUAGAUGUGAUGUGCCUGUAUGCAAGAAUAAUUACGAUAGCUCAAUUAAAAAUGAAUAAUACAUACAGUGUUCUACGAUUAUACUUGAUCCACCGCGUAAGCAACAAUUGCUUUCUGCUAUUCUUUGAUCAAAUUAGACAUCUUAAAAAUAUUCUCGUUUUUGUGUGAAGCAUUUUUCACGAAUAUGAGCUUAGAUUAAAUUUGUAAAAAAAUGUAAGAAUAAGACAAUGAUUCGUGUAAAUAUAGAUGCGAGAAGCAAGUUUUAGGUAGUAAUACCGUACUAUUUCCUUAUUUAUUUGUCUAUCUUAUUGAUAAAUGCUGUUGUUAAGUGAUUAAAAUAACUUAAAUAAAUGCCACUUCAAAGAAAUAAGCCGGUGUUUCUGUUAAGUAGGCCUACUAGUAAAAAAAUAAGUAAACUUCUGCACCAUCUAACAAUAAAAGCAUCAUAGUCUCCGAAUCCAGUCUGAAUGUUGAUGUGAUAAAAAAAUUCUAUUAAUAUUGUGGAAAGCCAUAUGGAGGCCUAGCUUCUGAAAUCGUUUACAAAAUGGCAAACGUUUUUUUUAGUAAUUAUUCAAAGAAAAUAAAUUAUUUAGUCAGUAUGCCUUCAAAAUGAAAACUUCAAAUUUUGUUGUAGCUAACUUAUGGUUUCCUCAGGUAGACUAAAACAUAAUAUUCCUAUUAAAAAUUAAAAAUUAAUUUUAUUUGAACAAAUUGUUAGAUGUUAGUCUCUACAAAUCCCAAAGUCUCUAAAAGUAUUGAAGUGGCAAUAAGUUAGUCCUACUGUAAAACCAUUCUUGGUAUAGUAGCUUUAUUUUGUAAAAUUUAAGCACAGUCUGUCUAGUAGUUUUUACUAUGUUGAAUAACACACAUAUAUACAGACACCAUGAGAUUGUUAUAUAAUAGUGUAGAUUAUCAAAUUAACAAAGGAAAUAUUUAAAUUUCAUCUAUUUCCACAUUCAUUGCACUUACAAUACGAUAAAUGCUACCAAAAACAUUAUGUUUGUAUAUUUUUAGUUUUAGACAUGUUGCGGUAUGUUGCAAUUUUUCACUAAAUUAACAACCUAGUUUACAAUUUUGUCUAUUUUACCAUACCUUAAAAUCUACUAAAAUAUGUUAUUACGUAUUUAAAUACUUUCAUUCAUUGAUACAGAGCAGCAAUACUCUCAUUGAUGAUCAUAGCCUAGCGCGUGUGAAGACGGACGCAGAGGGGGUGUGAUUGCGGCGUUGCCAGUUCGAACAUCGCGGCCUUGUAUUAGAGGUGGCUGUGCUUUAAGCCAAUAGAUUUAUAAUUUGUUCAGAUCUAGAUAUAAUUACUAUACUAUCAUGAGGUGUGUUGGCAAAUGUUUACAUUAACACCGGUAGAUUAGCCUGUUUUAAAAUUGUGUAGUAAUAUUUUUAUGGAUUAAAAUGUGGUUCAAAAUAAAUCUGGAAACCUAAAACUAUGUUUCCAGGGCUUUUUAACUGUGAUUACACAACACUUUAGCAGGUAAUAAUUAUUUUUUACAUUUUUUUUACUUUGGAGAGUUAAGGUAAAGUUGAGCCUUUUAGAAGAAGGAAAAUAUUUUAUAAGAACCUUGUUUAAAAUGUAUAUAAGAUAACAAAAAUAUUUUUGUAAAUAAACAACUUUCUUUUA